CUUUAAUUUGUUUAAAAAUUUAAUUAAAUAAUUUUCUAUAUUUAUUAGAUGUGGUUUUAUUUUUAACAGGGGAUUCCAAAUUCAAAAAUGUCGAUGAUUCACUAUUACAAUUAUCAUCUUAGCAGCACUUUUUAAAACUUAAAAAAUCUUGUCUAUGUAAAAAUACUGAAUAACGAUUGGCCCGUCGAUUCUCUACGAACAUUCGUUCUCGCUCCGAAAACGCCAAAUACGCUUUCAAACCAAAAUGGAGGAUUUGUCGGUCGAGGUGUACGGUGAUAAUGGUGCUUAUUAUAAGGCCAUUGUCACCGACGUUCUCGACAACGAGGUUCUCGUAGCCUUUGAAAAUGACUGGCAGCCGGAGUCCAAAUUCCCGUUCUCCCAAGUGUUUUUACCACCGAAAGACACAGGCAAGCACACAGAGUUCGUGGAAAACCAGGAGGUGGAGGUAUACGCGAGGUCCAAUGAAAAGGAAGCAUGUGGGUGGUGGACAGCAAAUAUCAAGAUGAUGAAAGGUGACUUUCUUGUGAUAGAAUACCUAGAAUGGGACAACUGCUAUACGGAAAUCGUGCCAAAUGACCGCCUCCGAGUAAAGACUCCCAAAACUCCUAUUACCAAGAAUACCUUCCACAAGUUCGAAAUAACCGUACCGGAUGAUCUCAAGGACUAUGCGAAGGUGGAGAACGCUCACAAGGAGUUCCAGAAGGCGAUAGGCGCCGCGCUGGUAUGGUACGUGCCGGAGCGCGGCGUGCUGGCCGUCGUGUCGCGCUGCGAGACCUCGCAAAAGCGCGCCCAGAUGCUGCAGGAGAUGCACUUUAGGAAUCUAACUCAGAAGCUGUUAUUGCUGAAAAAGACUGAAGAAGCAGCUAAGCAGUUGGAAUCCACCAAAAUACAUAAUCAAGGCGGCUAUACAGACGAAUUCUCAGUGCGUGAAGAUCUGAUGGGAUUGGCAAUUGGCACACAUGGGGCUAACAUACAACAGGCGCGUAAGGUGGCCGGAGUCACCAACAUCGAGCUGGAGGAGGUCUCAUGCACGUUUAAGAUCUGUGGCGAGUCGAUGGAGGCGGUGCGCGCCGCGCGGUCGCUGCUGGAGUACGCGGAGGAGUCCAUCAAGGUGCCGCGCGUGCUCGUCGGGAAAGUCAUCGGCAAGAACGGGAAGGUCAUACAGGAGAUCGUGGACAAGAGCGGAGUCGUGCGCGUCAAGGUGGAGGGCGACAACGAGCCCCAGCCGUCCGCGCCGCGCGAGGAGGGCGUCGUGCCCUUCGUGUUCGUGGGCACCCGGGAGAACAUCGCCAACGCCAGGGUGCUGGUGGAGUACCACGUGGCGCACCUCAAGGAGGUCGAGCAGCUGCGCGCCGAGAAGCAGGAGAUCGACCAGCAGCUGCGCGUCGUGCUCGGCGGCGCCACGCAGACCUACGCCGCGCCGCGCGGACAGCCCGCCGCCCGCGCGCGCCGUCUGCGUCCGCCGCACCACCGCUACCCCGGCGCCGCCGCGCGCCGCGUCACGCCCGACCUGGCCGACGAGCGCAGCGACAGCACCGGCUACCGCGGCCGCGGGGGGCGCGCGCCUAGACCUAACAGGUCGAGCGAGCGCGGAGAGCGCGGCGAGCGUCGCGUCCCGCUGGAGAACGGUCGCGCGCACCCCGCCCCGCCGCGACAGCCGCGCGGCGCCGCGCCUACCGGCAGACGACGCGACGACAGACGAAGGCAAACUGAUGACGAGAGCAGUGUUCUAGACAGCCAGGACGUGUCCAGUGCAGACCGAGGAGGCGGGUGGAAGAACGGGCCGAGCGGCGGUGGGGGCGCGGGCGGCGGCGGGGGCGCGAACGGGGGCGGCGGCGCGGCGGGCGAGGGCGCGCGUACUGCGGGCCCCGCCAAGCGCCGCUCGCCGCUGGCCAAGCCCAAGCCCGAGGCGCUGCUCAACGGCACCGCGUAGGCCGCGCCCCCGCCCGCGCCCCCGCGCCCCCGGCCGGCCGCCGGCCCCGGUCGGCCCCUGACGUGACGCCAGCCGCGCCCGCCGCGGCGCAUAUAAUUAUCCUAACGUAACGUAACAUGUAUGGCGCGGCCCCCGCCGCCGCCGGGGGCCCGCCGUCACUAGACUUACUCGUAUUAUGCUUUUGUAAGAGAUUCGUGAUUUGUAUUCCUGAUUACUCGAUAAUAUGAAAAAUUAAAGAUGUGUACGUCGCUCCCCGGACGAUACGCGCCGAUCGCGGCCUUUCGGUACCUUUAUGGGAGAUCGGACAUAGCGCAGUACAUACGUGUUCGUAGCCUGUACUCUGUGGUUAUGUGAUUUCCUAUAAAAUAAACAUUUCUGUACAUAUUUUCAAUCGUAUUUUUAUUUGUACGAAUAGUUCGUUCCGUCGUUUCCUCCCUGUCUAAAUUACAGAGCAUAGCGACCUUACAUUUUUUUACAAUAUACACAUAAUUAUGAUGUUGAAAUACAAUUUUAAUACUUUAUAAAAAUAGUAUGACUAGUUUGAAUGUUAUAUUUAGUUCUUAAAUUAAUAAUACUAUAAACUCGAAAGGUACCUGGAUAGGGAAGGGGGCGGGAUACAUAAAUUUAGUUUGGUGUGACACUAAGAAUUUAAAAUUCUAAAUGUGAUUCUUAUGACACUGACCUAUAAUUAACAAAUAUUUACAGAACUAGACUAAAAUAUCAGUCAUAUAACAGUACCGUGAUAUGCAUUAUUGCCGGGAUAUCACUAGGAAGUAUUUACACAGAGAUAUGACGUCAGGUAAGAGACGGGAGAACGUGAAUAACGUGAAGCGAAAAGAAAUGGCAAGUUCAUAAAACUAGGCCAAGUACGAAGUAGAGAUAAUAUUCUAUUAAAAACACGGAUACAUUACAUUUGCUACUGAUAUAAUUUGUUGCACUAGUUUUGUGAACUGGCCUCUAAUGUACACCAAGUCUAACUUACCUACUUUUAGUGGUUAAACACGAGAACUUCCAAGAAUACAUGACAAAGUAAAAUAUAUUAUUUCAGAUUCAGGUUUAGAAUGAUCAUAUGACAUUACUUAUUACGAAUCGAAUAAUACAUAAAACAGCGUUACAUUGCUAUGUUCCACAUUUUUUUACUUGUUUUAUAGUUAGUACUUGUCUAUGCUAUGUAAACCAAUUGUUUUCCAGCAAAGGAAACGACAAAAAUACAAAAAAAUCGUAUCUAAAUGAUUACUUAGGAUUUGUAGUCGUUGUAAACGAAAUUGACAAAAGCUGGAGCAAAAGUAUUGGCAUUGCCCAGUUAUACGGAUAUAGUAUCAUCCAUAUAUAAUACUGUACUAUGUAUUACAGUGUAGAUUUCUUUAGAAAGUUGCUUUUUGAUAUUAAUAAACAUAGUUUGCGUUAUGUGCAAUAAUAUUAAAUACCCAAGUCUUCUUCAAAAUGGUUGUCUUUGUUUUAAGUACUUAGACUAAAUAAGUAUGUAUGUAGUUAUUCUUAGACACUUCAUGGAAUCACCAAAUUAUUAAGUAUUUCUUAUCACUUCACAUCGUUCGUCUCCUUUACGUAGUAGGUACAUAUGCUUGUACAAAAUGAUAUGUGUCUACACUGUACAAUAAUUAGGCUUCAGUAUAUAUAGUAUUAUAUACUUAGGAAUACUGUAAUAUUUCCUAUUAUAAACAUUAUUUUGGAAAGUCACUGGUGACUAUUAUUAUGAGAAACAUUGUUUUUGUAAAUUCAUUAAACAUUGUAUACUUUUUAAGUAAACGCUGAAGUCUUUGAGAUCCAGAUAUAAUUUUGAUUCAUGGCAUAAAAUAUAUGCGUUUUUUACUGACUUGAUUGAAGUUUUAAUACCUUUACAGCCUAUAUUAUAAAGUCCAGAUGCCGAAU